AUGAAUCAAGAUGAGUAUGAAACGGAGAUUUUAUGAAAUAAUGGACGAGUUCGUUGCAAGCAAGAAAGAACUUUUAUCUUAAUAGGGACAAAUACGCAAAGUGUUUGGAGGAAGUAAAAGCUGCAAAGAACAUGAAAAAGAAACAAGCUGUUCAUUACAGGCGUAUAAAGCGUUACGACAUUUUGACUAUAGGCGGCGAAGAAAAACUAAUUGCACCUAUGAAGGAGGAGGAUGGAGAAAUAAGGUAUUACAUUUGUUACGAGGACUUAUUCAAUAUUCUCGAAGAAACACAUGUUGCUGUUGGCCACGGUGGAAGGACACGGAUAUUUAAGGAAUGUAACCGCAAGUAUAAAAAUGUAACAGUUGAGGCUACUAUGAGGCUACUAUGACAUAUUUGAAGCUAUGUCAACCUUGCCAAAAGAAACAGAAGACUUUGAAAAAGGGCAUUGUCGUCAGACCUAUACUUCACAGUGAAAUGAACUCACGCUGUCAGGUUGAUCUAAUAGAUCUACAAACCAGCCCAAAUGGAAAUUAUAAAUUUAUUUUAGUUUACCAAGACCAUCUUACCAAAUUUGUGAUCCUUCGUACGCUUCAAACUAAACGCGCCGUAGAAGUUGAAUACCAUCUUUUGGAUAUUUUCACCACUUUUGGAGCGCCGAGCAUCCUUCAUUCCGAUAAUGGUCGAGAAUUCUCUAACUAAGUUAUUGAGAGUUUAUGCUCCAUGUGGCCGGAUGUAAAAAUCGUACAUGGAAAGGCAAGACAUAGCCAAAGUCAAGGAUCAGUGGAGCGUGCUAAUCAAGACAUAGAAAAUAUGUUGAGCACGUGGAUGGAAACCAAUCAGUUAUCAAAGUGGUCAGAGGGUUUAAGAUUCAUCCAGGCAAUGAAAAAUAGAGCAUAUCACGAGGGAAUCAAAUGUUCCCCCUACGAAGCAAUGUUUGGUUGUCCAAUGAAAAUGGGCCUUGCAACUUCAGCAAUCCCUAGUGAUAUGAUUAGAGUUAUAAGAUCUGAAGAAGAUUUAGAGAAGUUGUUGCAUUCGCAUGACAAUAUGGAACAAAAUAAUGACGUCGAAAAUGCAAUCGAACAGGACAAGGAAGAAAGCAUUGUUGAAAAUGAGUCAGAAGGGGAUAUAGACAAUAGCACUGUCAACGAUAAAACACAAGAAGAUGAAAUGAUUAUUACUGAGAAGAUGAAGGCGAAGCAAAUAACCGAUGAUUCCAAUGUAACGAUUCAGAGAGAUACCGAUUCAGAGACAGAAAACACGAUUGAGUCUCAGGAAGUUCUUGUAACUAUAGAGCCAAUACCAAAAAAGAUAGAAUCUGUAGUGACUAUAAGAAACAACGCAAAAUUGAAUUUGGAAAAACAAGCUGAAAAAAUGAAAGCCACGUCUGUUGAUAAAUAUCCAAAUGUGAAAAUUGGCCAAAAUGUAAGACUGAAAGUGCCUGAAAUUGACAAAGCUAAAACCGACCCGAAAAGCGUUAUUGCAGUUGUAGUAGAUGUAAAGGACAACGAGUUUUACCAACUAGGUACCAAAAUUGGAGUACUAAAGCAGCUUUAUACACAAAAUCAAUUUACUUCAUGCCCUGAAGACUUUAUCAAGAUAGAAGAAGUUGUUAAAGGUAAAGAAGUGAGUCUUCGAGAAGUUGUCGCAAAAUUGUCUUUGACCGGAGGACAAGGUUUCAAGAAGUGCAACUGCUUAAAAAAAUGCCUAACGAAGAAGUGCGCUUGCAAGUCAUCAGGAUUACUUUGUAAUUCUAAAUACCAUGAUAGCUCUCCAUGUUGUAAUAAGUAA